AUGCGGAAACACCUACGGACCCAUCAGUCUAUACCAGCCCGUCGUCUAGGUCGACCACGGAAAACAGCGGACAGCCUAAAACCGGGUCGAUCAAUCGACCAGACUCUCUGGGAAAAGGUUCAUUGCCAGCGCUUCUUUGUCUCUGGCCCCCAGAGUCGAUUCUUUCAGGUGGCUCCGCCUCUUGAGCCCGCAAGUAAUCAGGUCGAUCUUAUUUGCGCCCAAGUUUAUGAGCAGAUCCGGCAGUAUGAGGAGAAGGAGACACAGUAUAACCAAAUCAUCACGACGGAUCGUGACUAUAGUGAAUACAGUCCUUGGCUAGAAAAGACUCGAUGGCGUGACUACCUCCACGGUUAUACCUUCACGGAACUCGCUGCUCUAGCAUAUAUGCCUGAUCCUAUACAGGAACCUAUAUUGCAGCUGUGGAUGGGAAGCCUAGACACCGUUCUAGACCAGGCGCUCCAGUCAAUAGCCGACCACCGGAUUAAUAUGUUUGACCAAGCCCGGAUAAAUAGCUUCGUGGAUGAUGCCUACCGCCGACCUAGCCAUCGGCCCGUCUUCUAUCAUCUUACACUAUAUACGAACCAGCGAUAUCGACGAAUCUGGAAGCGGCUUCUCUGCUUUGUGCAUCGCACCGCCCAACCGAGUCAGUCAAUCCGACUGGCCCACAUCUUGACUAAGGAUCAGGUGGACCUUUUGCAGCAAAUGGAAGAAGUGAGUCAACAGUUGUAUAGACUUACAACUUCCGCCGCCGCCGCCACUCGGAUCACCCACAUUCCCAGGCCACUACUAGAAGAUGCUAUCCGAGACGCUUCAGUGGCACUAAACCGCAUCUGCCUUCUCUUCUGUAUCGCCCUUCUAGACCAUGUCUUGCGGAGAGACACGUUUGAGAGUGUGGUCAUAGGGUUCUUUGCGAUCCUUGGAAUCGAAGAAAAGAAGGAAAGAGCCGUUCUAGCCGUGGACGAUGGGACAGUUGAUGAACCGUCGAGUAUCUUAGAUGAGAUGCGGCAGCGAUUCCUGAUCUAUGGAUGCGCUACCCUAGUAGGUUGGGCGCUCCGGCUACGGACCUAUGGUAAGAAGAUCAAAGUCCGUCAGACCCCGAUCCUUCCGGGGCAUGUAGACUGGUCCGAUGAUAAUAGCACCCUUACCUAUCGGGGCCAGUCCCUUCACAUGGUGGAUUUCCAACGCUUUGUUCACGAUCAGGUUCAGAAACUACAAUCGCAGUUGAACCACCUUCUUCUACAAACGAUGUCCUCGUCUCCGCCCAUCAUCCCUAAACUCAACCUAUCUGAUAUCCAUGACGACCACGCCAAUCGAGCCAGAGGGUGGAACCUCCUUCGAGACCCACGGAACCAGACGCAGCUUGCAGGAUAUGAGCAAUGGGCCUUAGGUCAUAUUAUCUAUCACCCGCCGCUCCGACAACGCUUCAUCGAGACUAACGAAGGGACUGAUCGAGUCUUUCUCGAACGGCUGCUGUUGGUUUGUCACCUGACCUCUGGCCAUCCGGCCCGCGGCACUGAGAUCCUGAGCCUUCGACAUGUCAACACUGUCCACGGAGACUACCGGGGUGUCUUUGUAGAGAAUGGGCUCGUGGGACUCGUGACUGCAUAUCAUAAAGGAUAUCAUAUGAUCGGUUCUACCUCUCUGAUCCACCGAUAUCUUCCAGAGCGUGCUAGCGAGAUCCUCAUCUAUUAUCUCUGGCUGGUUCAUCCCUUCCAGCGGCAGCUCCGAACUCUCGCAUUUCAGGACAUAGCACCAAUGUCCCCUUUCCUUUGGCCAGAGGCCAGCGGCUUCACUAGUGUACGACUAAGCAAAGCACUCCGUCGGGGAUUCCAGGAGUGCCUUCAUAUCGACAUUACUCUAGCAGACUAUCGCCAUGUCGCGAAUGCGAUUUCGCGACGACACCUUCGUAUGCGCGGAUUCCAGAGAGAAUAUGAAAUCCCCGUGCAUCCAGCGGAUCUCCAGGCUUCACACACGACCUAG